AUGGUGCAUGUUGGGCCCUCUCAUCUUCCAGGCUGGGAGCCGUCACGGGCAUCCUCGGCUACAGAUGUUGGCGAUGUCGUCUCAUCAAGCUCAACACAAACCCGAACGCGGAAGCCCACGCUCAAUCCAUCGCCUAAUCUCAAUACGGCAUUGCAGCGGAAACGGGCAAGCGCGAAAUUGCAGCCGAGUUUGCACCACCACGGUCACACUGGACAGGUACCGCACCAUCUGAAACGUCGGGUGAUCAGCAAGGAGUUCUGGAUGCGGGAUGAGAACGCCAAGGAUUGCUUUUCUUGUGGCCAGAGCUUUUCUACGUUUAGACGCAAGCAUCACUGCCGGACUUGCGGACAGAUUUUUGACGCAAAGUGCACUUCCCUCGUACCAGGAAGGCCUUUCGCACAACCUGGCACGAUCCGGCUUUGCAGGCCUUGUGAAGCGAUGAUCUACGGAUCCGAUGAUGACUCUACUGUGUUCUCGGAUGAUGGAGACGAUAUUACUCGUAGCCCGGUCACGCGCCGGUCCUCAGUCUUCGGUGACGAGCAGGUCGAUGGGGCUGCAUCUAGCCGGGCGGAGAACGGCGAGUUUGGGACGCCUUCUAUCGGCAUUCCUGCGUCGCGACGCAACCGAGAAGCCAAGCGACGUUCUGCGGUGAUUGAAUUUGAUGCGCAGCCUACCCUUGCACGCCCGAACUCAUCUCAUUCGCUAGUCUCGCUAAGUCGCCGGCCCAGAUCGUCGAGUCACCGGCGUUACCAUUCUCGGCAUCAAACCCUCCGUAGCUUGCGAGGCAGUGUGGACGAGCGCGGCCCAUUCCACCAGGAACUUAAUGGUGAUCCCGUGAAGAAAGACGCUCUUCCGGCUUUCCACAACGACAAUAUAAUCGACCCUGAUCUUGCCCCUUUCAUGUCCGAUGAAGGGUCGGACGACGAAGAAGAGCAACCUACCAUCAUGUCGGCUUUGGAGCAAGGAGUGUCGCCCGGCGAGCGGGACAAGCAUGGACUUGGCGGUCUCUUUGCGGCGGCCAUGAAAAAGGGACGCUCGAAGUAUGGCGAGAAGACCACCGCCCCCUCUAGCGUCAAGGGUGUGAAGGAUACGGAAUCAGCGCAUCAAGUUGUGAGUUCUCCGGCGAGGGCAUUGAGAAGACGCAACCCUAGCAUCAGCAGUAUUACGCACAGCCGCCCAUCACCUCGUCGCAGUCGCAGCAACAUUCUCCUUAAGACUAUCGAAGCAGACACGACGAUAACUCGGCCCGUCACACCAGCAUUAAUACCAACCGCUGACGGGUCCCGCAUUAUGCGUAGUUCAGCUAUGCAUGGCUCGGAUGCACCUCCUGUGGAGCUCAAUAGAGCCAGCUUGGACCACGUUAGGAGAUUGCUGGCGCAGCUACUUCACGACAGCAAGGUGGAAGCUCCAGCCGCGUGGGAAAGGGCGCUCUUGCCAAUUCUCUUACAGUGCACCGACGACGUACAACCCGACGUGCAGCGAGGUGACGACAUGGAUAUACGACAUUACGUCAAGCUGAAAAAGAUACCUGGCGGCAAGCCUGGAGAUACAAGCUAUGUUUCCGGCGUUGUCUUUAGUAAGAACAUCGCUCUCAAGAGCAUGGCGCGAUCCAUCCGCAACCCGCGAAUUGCGAUUGUUACCUUUUCAAUCGAGUAUGCAAGACACCAGACGCACUUCAUGAGUCUGGAGCCUGUUAUUGCUCAGGAGCGCGAAUACUUGCAUAAUCUGGUUGGGCGAAUAGCGGCUCUCAAGCCACAGGUGCUGCUUGUACAGAAGAACGUCUCUGGGCUUGCACUCCGCCUACUCGAGCAGGCUGGCAUUACCGUCGCUUUCAACAUCAAAGAUUCAGUCCUUGCUGCCGUUGCACGCGUCACUCAAACUACCGUUAUAAAGUCGGUCGAUAAGCUGGCAAUCGAUCCCUUGCACCUCGGACACUGCGAGAGCUUCGAAGUCAAGACAUAUAUGUCGCACGGCGCGCGGAAGACUUACAUCUUUCUUUCUGGUUGUCAACGAGACCUCGGCUGCACGAUCGUAUUGCGAGGUGCUGACACCAAAGCCCUACGCCAAAUCAAGCGCGUUACCGAGUUCAUGUGCUACGUAGUCUACAACCUCAAACUAGAAACGAACCUCUUGCGGGACGAGUUUAUCUCAAUCCCGUCCAACACCGAAGCCCAGCUUGCUGCACACGACUCAGCUCAAGCGAACAGAACAGCGCGAAGUGGCGAUACCCCAUCCGUAUAUGAAGAGCUCGAGGAGCAAUUGCACACCCGAAUAUUAUCAGCGUCACCAUUUGUUAAAUUCAUGCAGCCUUAUCUGCUCACACAACUUCGGGAGCAAGAAAGGAAGCUCGCAACGUACAAGAGGCUUCGUGAUCAGCACGCCGCUGCAGAUGAAGAUGGCAACGAGGAAAAGCAUGGUGAUGACCGCUUCGCAUUAGUGAAGCCUGAGAUGGUGCAUGGACCAGCGUCAAAAGAGCAGCCGAAGGCUGUCCGGGAGUAUCUGCACGCCGUCCAUCAAGCGCAGUUUGACCGGACUAUGCAUGCUUACGAGACCCAGAAAAGACUCUGGGAAACCUUCAGAUCGGGAACCGUCAAUCCUUUCGACCCCUUCGCCCACCAAAGCAUUGCAGUCCUUCAUUCCAUCGUCUCUAGGAUAACCUCCGUUCCGUGUUCUGGACCAGAAGUGCUGGGCAUCGGCUUCUACGCUGGUUUCAAUCGUGCUGAGCCGCAAUUUGAAGAAGACUGCACAUUAGGACAGUAUGUUGAAGAUAUGUGUCUCAACGCAGGCAGCACUUGCAAAGAGUGUGGCAAGAGAAUGCAUGAGCACCACCGUCAAUACGUGCACGGUUAUGGUGCACUGUCAAUUUCAGUGCAACGAUACCCAGCCAAACUACGAGGACUCAACCAAUCGAUUCUGAUGUGGUCAGCCUGUCGAAUCUGCCGCAACGAGACGCCGCUCAUCCCGAUGUCGGACAAUACUUGGAAAUACUCGUUCGCGAAGUACCUCGAGCUGAGCUUCUGGAGCGUGCCGCUUCAUCCGAGAGCCGAUGUAUGCGAGCAUGACAUACACAAGGACUUCUUGAGGUGCUUCGGAUUCCAAGACAUGGCUGUACGGAUACAAUACGAUCCAAUCGAUACAUACGACAUCGUUGUGCCUCGGACGACUGUUACUUGGAAGGUCGAGGGAGAUCUGACUGUCAAAAACGAGCAGUUUUUACACUGCCUCAACCGAUUGAACGCCUUCAUCGAGUCUGUACGGAAAAGGCUAGACUCCAUCAAUGUGGACACACUCGACGAGAAGAAAGCAAUAGAAGCGCAUGAAAGAACUGACGUCCUCCGGAAGCGAGUGGAGACCGAUCAUGCCGAACUGCUUGCCAAGCUGCAACAAAAGUACUCAUGCUCCCGCUACUACGAGCUCAUCCCACUUAACCGAGCAUUGCGCCAGAUGGACGAGAAGGCAAUUGCUUGGGAUGAUGAGUUCAAUAACUUUGAGCGCGACUACUUUCCCUCAGAGACCGAUAUCCGCAAGCUUGCAACCCUUCAGUUACGCAACAUGUUCCUCGAGUCUCAGCCGUCUGCUAGUAGUGUGGCGAGCGAUGCUAGCGACACCGAGGACGGUACCGAAUUGGUAGAUCUGCGUAGAGACCCUCUCGUAAGCGCGGACGGCAUUUUAAGCGAAAAAGCUCAUGAUGUGAUGACCUCGACUGCCCUCGAGCACCGAGCCACUUACGACAUCCCUGAUGGGCCGCCAUUUCUACCAAAAGAGAGGUCGGAGGAGCUAUUAGGACCCCACCUUAGUCGACGGCUGACUCCGCAGGAGGAACGCGAGGCUGUAGAUCGAGACACUGUCAAGCACCUAGACUUGGCUGUUGCCGUACGAUCCACCGACCCCUUGUCUUCAGAGGACCGCCCGUCUAGCAGUGAGCAGUCGACGUCGACUAGUCGACCAGCCACUAGAGACGAGGCGAGCACCGAUGAGCCUUUCGCAACCCAGCCAAAGCCGUUAAGCUCAGGAUUACUUGAGCGCAUUGAGCAGAUACGGAGCAAUCUCAGCUCUGGGGGCAACGAGGCAGGUGACUUACCAGAGUCGAGGAUUCCGCGACCAGUAGACCGGCAUCGGCGGGAUGUCAGCCCUCUUCCUGCACCACUAUUGCUCCGUGCGCAAUCACAGCCAUCCCACAUGGUUGGACAUGGGCAGGAUGUAGACACUGAUGUUGCGUCAGACCCAGCAACCAUGGCGCUGCCUAGUCCUGAGGCCCAGGCGCAGGCCUCUGAUAAAAGGCUUGGAGAGCGACUCGGCCUGACUCGCCUGGCGAACAAAGUGGGAAAGGUUGCACCUUCGCUCAUACCCAGGUCCAUUCCACGCUCUGACGAGUCAACAAACAACGUUUCCGCGCUUGCCCGGCACUUUGAGCAGAUGUCGCGCGAAUUCGAGAAAGAGCGCCUGAAAGAGCGCCGUCAGCGCGCUAUGCGGAGCCGGCAGGCUCGUGCUAACCCUCUGGCGAGCAGCAGGCCUGUUGUCGAGGUCUACCGUAAUGCGACAGAGGCGGUAGGCGAAAGGAUGGUUGAGAACAUGCAACAGCAGACAGAACCGCAGGAGUCGACCGAGCGUGAUGGUGAUCCGUCAACCACAGCAACGCAUGAAACACAGUCUAGCAGCUCAGAUGACACAUCAUAUCCGCAGCCCCCGACGGAGGCUACCGAUCUGACUUCGAGUGAACAGACCAUUGCCCUUCGGCAUCAUGGCUUCCUUCAGGAAGAAGAUGAAGGUCUUGACGUCGAUGCGUCGGAUAGCCGACCACGCGAUCUCUCUGACCCUACUACAGUGGCGUCUUCGUCAUUGCUUUCACCUUCCUCAGUGCCUGAGUCAGAACUUCACUCUGACAUUUCGAUUCCCGAACACAGAAAGAACGUGUGGUUCAAGUACCUUGCGGACUUCUGGUCCAAGCGCUCGGCAUCAGGCUGGACAAACUUGGAGUACCCUUUGCACGCCACGGAGCAUGUCUUCGAAGACUCUGAUAUCAUCGUCCGGGAAGAUGAGCCGUCAUCGGUGAUAGCGCUAUCUCUGGCAUCCGCAGACUACCUCACCAAGGUAAAGGAGUUCCGUAGCCACCCGUCCAAGCAGACGAAGAAACAUACCCACACUGCAUCUCAAGCGAGCAACAUCACUGCAGAUCACAGCGACUAUGAGAACCCGAUCGAGGCCUCCUUGCUCAGUGACACUGGCACGCACAUGAAGUACUCUUUCGCGCACGGUUCGGUCAAGGCGUCCUGUAAGAUCUUCUACGCCGAAGCGUUUGAUGCACUCAGACGACGCUGUGGGGUUGCCGAACGAUUCGUGGAAUCGAUGUCGCGGUGCCUCAAGUUCGAUUCCAAGGGCGGUAAAACGAAGUCACUCUUCUUGAAAACGCUCGAUGGUCGCUUCAUCAUUAAGAGCUUACAGGAAGUGGAGCUGAAGGCUUUCACCAAAUUUGCACCGGACUACUUCGACUUCAUGAGCCACACACUGUUUCACGGUGUGCCAAGCGUCAUCGCGAAGAUGUUCGGCCUGUUCCAGAUCGUCAUCAAGAAUCCAGCAACCGGCAUGGACUUUUCGUACUACCUUCUCGUCAUGGAGAAUUUGUUCUACGAGCGUAACCCGAACCGUCGCUUCGAUCUGAAAGGCAGCAUGCGCAACCGCAAGAUCGAGAGUACAGGCCAGCCAGAUGAAGUGCUGCUCGACGAGAAUCUUGUGGAGACGAUCUUCGAGUCGCCGCUCUUCGUACGCGAACAUGCGCGCCGUCUUCUACAAGCGAGCGUCUGGAACGAUACCAUGUUCCUUUGCAGGCAGAAUGUGAUGGACUACAGUCUCAUGGCUGGCUUUGAUGAUGAUCGCAAAGAGCUAAUCGUCGGUAUCAUUGACUGCAUCCGGACUUAUACCUGGGACAAGAAGCUGGAGUCUUGGAUCAAGGAUCGCGGCAAGAACAAGCCUACGAUCACCAGUCCGAAAGACUACCGUAACAGGUUUCGUGUAAGCAUGAUGGCAUACGCUCUUGUUGCACCCAACUGCUGGCAUCAAUUCCAGACGCAGAUGGCGUUACCAAAGACACUCAAGGAUCGCGAGGAGAAGGAGGAGACGGAAGACACCGAGGCGGAAGGAAGCCUCAUCACUUGA